GGCAGCAGCGGCUCUCACACGUCUCCUCCUCAGCACCGGGAGCAGAGCGCCAGCCUGCAGCGGGUAAUCCCCAUCUCCACCUUCCACUCGUCCUCGUGCCAACCGGAAGGGGACAUGCGUUUGGGAGCGAAUGCAAGUUGCGACCUAGAGAUUCCUCCUCCGUCAGGAGAAGCUUCGGACCAGGACGCAGAUGGAUAUGAUCGCGUGAACAGCUGAAUCCACCAAUGAUAAGCCGACUUUCCAUAACGUGACAGCUGCUGUCGCAUUUCAUCUACUUUUCCAAAAACUACUGAAAGAACGUUCUGCUUGCUGUUUUUUUUGUCUUCUUCUUUUGUUGCCGCCUCGUUAUUCCUGCGCCAUGGUGACGUAUCAUCUAAUAUUAACUGUGAUUAUCGCGGCUCUUUGGGGGGUCGGCGGAGAGCCGCGAACGCAUCGCAUCGCUUCACCUGCGACGCGGGAGUUAAAUACAACAUCGCCGUCAAUGGUCGGCGGAGGUGAUGGAGCGCUGCCCCAUAAUGUCACCGACGCCGCCGUGGGCUCCCGGAUUUCAUCUCUAAUGACUCAUCUUCCAACUGUGAAAACCAUCGUUAUUUGCGUCUGCGUGCUGACAGCUGCUCUCAUCACGUGCCUGCUCGUCAGAGUAGUCAGAUCCGGCAGACGAAUGAGAAAAACCCGCAAAUACGACAUUAUGACGACACCUGCCGAGCGCGUGGAGAUGGACCCUCUUAAUGAGGACAACGAUGACGAGGACGACUCGACCCUCUUCGAUGUCAAAUACAGGUGAAUCCCAGCGUGGACGUCAAUAUUUGAUAACUCCUGUUUUCCACAGAAAUUGAUUUCCUGUUUUUUGUGUAGUUCAAGUCUCAUCGGAUCAGAUACUCACACUGCCGAUGCAUGGCUUUAAUUUGUGUCGAGCCCCCGUGGAUAUCAUUCUUUGCCGCUUUACUGCUGCUUCCAUCGUGUGGAACAUAUUACAAUUAUUUCUAAUAGUAAGAUUAGAAUGACAUUUUUGUCAAUUAAUUUUCUACACUUGAGCUACAGUAUGUCGGGCUGAGUGUAUAUAGUACAGCACCCGCUUUGAAGCAAUGAAUAAAUAAAUAAAUAUAUAUAUAUAUAUAUAUUUUAUAUUAUUUUAUAUAUAUCAUUUAUUUAUUAAACCAUCGAAUGAUAACAUGCAACACAUAUUACGCAGAGAACACUUUAUUCAAAUGUAAAAAUGUACAAUUUGAAAAAUCUAUUGGUAUACAGCAAUUGAUUCUUUUAAAACUAAAAUUUCAUACCAAAUAUAUUUCUAUCUACUAACCACUUUGCUGUGCGUUUAUACUGUUGAAGAGGGUUGUGUGCUUUCUGUGGGUACAAACUAAGCGUAUAUUAUUUUUUACUGUCUGUUCUAGAUGUUCCUGUUUUUCUGCUACGACGAGUUUUCGGUGUUCAAAUUUGGUUUAAAUAAUUGAUUCAGGGUAUGUUUGUGAGGUGUUUAUGAAAUCCAACCAUUUGCUAUGAAUGUGAACGCUGUAAUCUCUUGUGAUAAAGUGUGCUGAGUCAUGUGACAUUGUUGCUUAAUCAAGCAACGACUGAACAACAUCGACAGCAGUAUUUAACAUGUU